AUGUCACAACAAAUAACAAAUUUUUUCAUAUCUGUUGACUUAACUGAUACUACUCCUCCAUCUACACUACAAUCUAAUUCAUCACACACUCCUUCUAGACGACGACCUUGGUUAGAAUAUCAAAUUAUUGAUAAUAAAAUUUUUAUGUUUUGUACUAUUUGCCAAAAAGCAAAAGGUAAUAGUUUAUGGGUAAUAUCAGAAUGUAAUACUAUGAAAUUAGAAUUUGUUAAAAGACACGAAAAUUCAGUUGAACACAAAAAUUCUUUGCAAAUUCUUAAUUCAAGCCAAACUGGUAUUAAAGAGGGCAUAAAUCAAAUGUUAGAAAUGGGCAUGAAUACUAAUUUAGUUAAUUAUCAAAAAGAACAUCCUACUUCUAUG